AUGGCCUCUUUACCUUACAGAACAAUCCCAAACCCACACCCUUCUUCAUCCAAAAACUCCACUCCCAUAGAAACCCACAAAAAAUCCCAAGCCCAAUUCCCAAAGCUUCAAGAAAAUGCAACCAAAAACCAAACCCUGUCAAAAUCUUACUUCACUCAAAUGUCCACACUCUCAAAACAGAGCAAAAUUCAAGAAGCAGUAGACUUGCUUAUCCAAAUGGACCUGAAAAGCCUCCGCAUUGGCCCUGAAAUCUACGGCGAGCUUCUCCAGGCGUGUGUCUACGACCGAGCUCUCCAAACCGGAAAGCAAAUCCACGCCCGUAUUAUCAAGAAAGGUGAGAACUUCGCAAGAAAUGAGUACAUUGAAACCAAACUAGUAAUCUUCUACGCAAAAUGUGACGCCCAGAAAGAUUCAAAUCGUUUGUUUCGGAGAGUUAGAGUAAAAAAUGUGUUUUCUUGGGCUGCAGUUAUUGGACUAAAUUGUAGAUUAGGUUUUUACAAAGAGGCAUUGCUAGGGUUUAUGGAGAUGCAAGAAGAUGGGUUGUUGCCGGAUAACUUUGUUGUUCCGAACGUGUUGAAGGCUUGCGGCGCGGUAGAGUGGAUUGGGGUUGGGAGAGCUGUUCAUGGAUUUGUGGUUAAAAUGGGUUGUAAUGAGUGUGUUUUUGUUGCUAGUAGUCUUGUGGAUAUGUAUGGGAAAUGUGGGGUUGUGGAUGAAGCGAGGAAGGUGUUUGAUGAAAUGGGUGAACGAAAUGUGAUCACUUGGAAUUCGAUGAUUGUGAGUUAUGUGCAGAAUGGAUUGAAUGAGGAAGCUAUUAGGGUGUUUUGUGAUAUGAGGGGGGAAGGUGUUGAGCCUACUCAUGUGACUGUGUCUAGCUUUCUUUCGGCUUCGGCUAAUUUAGGUGCGAUGGAGGAGGGUAAGCAAGGACAUGCAUUGGCAGUUGUUAGUGGACUUGAACUGAAUACUAUUUUGGGGAGUUCUGUUAUAAAUUUUUAUUCCAAGGUUGGUUUGAUUGAGGAUGCUGAAAUAGUUUUUAGUAGGAUGAAUGAGAAAGAUGUGGUUACUUGGAAUUUGCUUAUAUCAGGGUAUGUGCAAAUUGGGGAGGUUGACAAAGCUCUUGAGAUGUGCCGCUUAAUGAGACUGGAAAACUUGAGGUUUGAUUCAGUGACUCUUGCAUCCCUAAUGUCUGCUUUUGCAGAUACUAGAAAUUUGAAGUUUGGCAAGGAGGCGCAUUGUUAUUGUAUUCGGAACAACCUUGAGGAUGAUGUGGUUGUUGCAAGUAGUAUUGUAGACUUGUAUGCGAAAUGUGAGAAAAUUGAUAGUGCAAGACGCGCUUUCGAAUCUGCAACAACUGGGGAUCUUGUACUGUGGAACACACUGUUGGCGGCUUAUGCAGGAUUGGGACAUAGCGGUGAGGCAUUGAAAUUGUUCUAUCAGAUGCAACUGGAAAGUGUCCCUCCAAAUGUGAUGACUUGGAACUCUCUGAUAUUUGGUUUUUUGAAAAAUGGCCAGGUCAGUGAGGCUCAAGAUAUGUUUUUGCAGAUGCAACCCCUUGGUGUCGAGCCAAACCUGGUCACUUGGACUACUAUGAUCUCUGGUUUGGCAGAUAAUGGUUUUAGCCAUGAUGCAAUUCAGGCCUUCUGUCGGAUGCAAGAAGCAGGAAUCAAACCCAAUGUUGUGAGCAUAGUUUGUGUACUCAAGGCUUGCAUAGAAAUAGCAUCAUUACAGAACGGAAGAGUUAUGCAUGGGUAUUUGAUUAGGCAUUUCCUCUACCUUUCAACCCCAGUUGCAACCUCUUUAGUAGAUGUGUAUGCUAAAUGUGGUAAUGUAGAAGAAGCAAAGAGAGUGUUUGUUAUGGUUUCAGACAAGGAGUUGCCUAUCUAUAAUGCAAUGAUCUCCAGUUACGCGUUACAUGGUCAAGCUGUGGAAGCUCUUGCCCUAUACCGACGUUUAAAGGAAGAAGGCUUACAACCAGACAGUGUAACCUUUACUAAUGCCUUAUAUGCAUGCAGCCAUGCCAGUAUGGUGACGGAGGGUUUAGAGCUUUUGGAUGACUUGCUAUCCAGUCAAACUUUAAAUCCAAGUAUUGAGCACUAUGGUUGUGUGGUUAGUCUUCUUUCCCGGUGUGGCAAUGUGGAUGAAGCAUUUAGGCUGAUCGCCGCAAUGCCUUACGAACCUGAUGCACAGAUAUUGGGAUCAUUACUUACAGCUUGUAGAGAACAGAAUAACAUAAAACUAGAGGAUUAUUUGUCGGAUCAAUUACUGAAGUUAGAGCCAGAAAAUUCUGGAAACUAUGUAGCUAUUUCAAAUGCAUAUGCAGAUGCAGGAAGAUGGGAUGAAGUGAAGAAAGUAAGGCAGUUAAUGAAAGAAAAGGGCCUGAGAAAGAUUCCUGGAUGUAGUUGGAUUCAAAUUGGAGAAGAAAUUCAUGCAUUUGUUGCUGGUGACAAAUCACACCCUGAAGCUGAGCAAAUCUAUAUGACAUUGGAAUUGUUGGAAUAG